GCGAGAGGAAGGAAAAUGGCGGCGUUCGAUGAACUGGGGUCUGCUCCUGCGCCCUAAAAACGGCACAGAAAGUUGUCGAUGCGUUUUUUCUGAACGAUCGAUUAAAUGUCGAGACAGAAGAGACAGUAGCAAAUACGGGACAGACGCAUUGACUCGAGACCAGACUAUCGGGCCGGUCUGUAGGUUUAUUCCCGGAUUCUAUUUUUCCCACGUGGGCCUCACUCAUCACUUCAAUCUUCAGGUCCCACCGUCUGACCUCUGCACCACUAGUUUCCCUCGCCCAUGGAAUUGAGUCCAGCACCAGGCUUCAAAAAGAGGCCUGCAGCGUCCUCUUCCUCGAGUGAAGUUAGAGAGAUUGCAAGGAGCCCGCCUCUCUGCUCACCAUCUGUAUCUCUGUCUUCUCCUUCAUCUGAGCCGUCAUCGCCCUUGUCUACGUCCUCCUCUGUCUGUGCCAGCUCGUCAGUUUAUCAGAACCAUGUAAAAGGUCAGACCCAGGGCACAGAGGUGGCCAGGGUGUCCUCCACUUCUGCCUCUCUAGUGGUGCCGUCUCUCUCCAUGCCUACACCCAACAAUACCUACGUGGAUUUUUCCCCUCACACUUUGGUGCGGCCAGGUCAAGAUCGUGAAGUAGACAAGAAAGGAGAGAUGUAUGAUCCUUUCCAUCCAACUGAGGGAGACAAGGAUGUAAGGAUGAAGGGGAAGGAGGGAGAAGGGGAGAAAUAUGACCCCUUUGACCCCACUGGUUCCCCUGCAUCAGACAUUGAUGAUAGGAGUUGCAAAUUGGGAGGGGUGAAGAAAGAGGAUGGGGGAGGCGAUGAGGAGGAGGAGAAAGAGGAAGAACCCCCAGAUUCCACUGACACUCUGACUGAUCUGCCAAGCCCCUGUCUGGUUACCCAGCUCCCUUUGGAGAGGACAGCGGACUACAGCACCACCAAGGCUAGAGAGAAGAGGAGGAAUGCUGACUCUGAUCACUCUGAGAUAGAGGAGGGGGAGAUAGUUGGGGCUGCGGGCAGAAAUCGAAAUCAGAGAGUAGCAGGAGAAAUCCCUUCUCUGAAUUCUCCCAUUGUCUCUUUCUUUGGGUCAAAGCCAGAGCGAAUCCUGCGGGUGCUGGAGGGGGAUGGCUUUGUGUCUGUCUGUGCAGAGAGCAGCUGGGAGGUGGACAAGGAGCCUGAGGAGGAGCCUAUGAUGGAAGUGGAGGACCUGAGAAGGAAGUUAGUCAGCAGGCGAAAGGAAAGAUAUCUGCCCUUUCCUGCUUCUCCGCCCCCUUCUCCCCAGCCACCACCUCCUUCCUCUCAUCCUCCAGCCUCUACAUCCUCUUCUCCUCUCACAUCUCUUGUAGAGCAAGACAGCAAGAACCACAAGACCUCCAAAAGUUCAAAGGACAGAGAUGGACAAAAAAGCAAGGAAAGGAAGGCUGAGGAGAAGGAGGAAAGACGAAAGAAGAGAAAGAAAGAAAAAGAUGGAGGUCAGCAGAAGAGCAAAGAAAAGGAGCGAGGGUCCAAGACUGGAAAGGAGGUUAAGGGAAGGAGGAGUAGCAGGAGCAGCAGCCGUAAGAGAAAGAAAAGACGGCACAGCAGCCCAGAGGCUUCACGAUCCUGCAACACUUUGGGCCGUGGGAACCACACAAGAAGCUCUUUUUCAACCGUCUCUGAAGAAGUUCACAGAGAGCGGGAAAGAGAUAAAGAAAGAGAUAUGGACAGAAAUACGGAGAGAGAGAGAGGAAGAGAGAGGGAAAGAGAGAGGGAAAGAGGGAGACAACAAAGUCAUACCAGCAGCAGUAGAAGAGAUGACAGAGUAAGAGAUUCUAACACUAGAAAGGAAACAGAAAGGAAGGGAAGACACAAUUCAAGCAGCAGAGAGAGGGGCGUUUCGAAGAGAUCCAAAAGAAGCAGGGCAAAGGGGGAUGGUGAAAGAGAUAGACAGCGCGAGAGGGAUCGGCGGCGAGAUGGUCGUCCUGUUGUCCCACCGUCUAUCCAAGACCUUAAUGGAUCCGACCUCUUUGCUAUCAAGAGAACCAUUACAGUCACCACUACCACUACCACCACCACCGUACCCGGCUCCCCAAGGCUCGCCCCAACCUCGCCGUGUCACCCCACGCAGGACUCUGACACGCCCCACAAGAGGAAAAACAAGAGAAAAUGGCACUCAGCCGGAGAGGUGGGGGACAGGGGGAGUUGUCACAGCCGAUCACAGUCACUCUCACCCCCAAGGUAUCACAGCUAUGAGUCAGACCGCUAUUCAGACAAAUUGGAGAUUGACGUGUUGUCUUUGGAUGGCGAGGCUUUGGACUCAGACUACCCAUCUUUGGAGGAUACACCUCCUACUGCCCUGCCUCCAGAACCACCUGUCCCCAGCCCCAAAACUAAGAGUACUCUAAAGACUGGAAGACAUCAGCCCAAAAAGAAAUCUCGCACAUUAAAGAAAAUUGGCCAUUCUGAAUCCUCCUCUUCGUCUUCCAAUAGAACCAAAAACAAAUGCCUGUCCUCGCUGAUGGUCAGUUCAUGCUCUGCCUCUGCGUCAUCUGGUCUUCCCCCAGCAAAACGGACCAAGAAAGUGGGAAAGGACAAGGAGCGGAACAAAUGCAGUCGAAAAGAUGUGGCUCGUUGUGGCAAGUCAAAGAAAGUAAGUGGUGGCAAUCGGAAAGGGAAGCUUCAGUCCAAAGUUUCUGUGUUGGUUCGUGAGGGUGUGAGCAGCACCACAGGGGCUUCAGCUGGCUCUGGAAAACUAGGCAUGGACCUUCUAGGGCCAGGUGGUACAGGAGGGGGUGUUGGGGGCUCUGUGGUGGGUGGAUCCAUUGCAGUAGUCUUCUGCAGGGACAAUGAGAGCAGGUCUCCAUUCCUCAAACCCUGCUCAGAGCCGCUGUCACUGAGCGGCCGCAGUAAAGAUCUGUCCAGUAUGGGAAAGCGAUGCAGCCUGGCUGCACCACCAUCCUCCUUAACCAGUCCUGCAGGACUAAAAUCCAAGAAAACAAAACCCAGCUCCAUCACAUCCACCUCAUCAUCUGCCUCCUCCCCCUCCUCAUCUCUUGCAACUAAGCGUCGCCGCCGCGUGGCCAAGAAGACAAGAGAAAAGGGUGGAGCUACAGGGUUAACAACUGGAGACAGCAGCCAGGCAAAUGCUCCAUCUGAGGGCUGGGAGGGAGUGUCCUUAGAUGUUCAGUCAGCUGUUGGAGAUGGAAUCAAGUCAGUCAGUCCGCAUACUGGCCAAGCUGGCCCUGCACCCUGUUCCUCCUCCUCGUCCUCCUCCUCCUCCUCCUCCUCCUCCUCCACCAGUGUGCUCCCACCCUCCUCCUCGCCACCACACACGCCUCCACCCUCUACGGCUCCAUUGAGGGACACCAGGGAUUCUUCACCAGACUCUCAGACUGUGGACAGCAGCUGUAAGACACCAGAUCCUUCUUUCCUAGCUGAGGACUGUCCGACUCAGACCAGCCCCACACUCCCAACGUCCAGUCCAUCCAGUCUGUCCACCCCCCAGGGCACUGGCCUCGCCAUCACUUUGUCUACACCCACAGUCAAGCCCCCUCCUCCAGAUGAUGCACCCAAAUCUCUAGUUUCACCUUCUUGCACAUCCUCUUCAGCCGGCUGUGGUCUCACUUCCCUUUCUCUGCCUUCAUCAGACCCCUCUUCCUCUGUAUCCUCUUCAUCUGCUAGUAAGCCUCCUCUUCCCCCCCCUCUUGCAGCAACGGCCCUCCCCUGGAGUCUGCAGACUGGGGUUGACUGCACAACUGGAGGAGUAUUGGCAUUGACUGCUCUGCUCUUCAAAAUGGAGGAGGCCAAUAUAGCCAACAGAGCCAAAGCACAAGAGUUUAUCCAAGCAACCAGCCAGAUCCUCUCGCAGGCCAAUCAGAACCAAUCCCUGCAGCAUGCUCCUACCUCCUCAGCGGCCAUUUCCUCACAGAUCCCUCCCCCUCCCUCUCUCCCUCCGCCGUCUGGACAUAGCCCAACCAAGUUCAUCCUCCACAGCUCCCACCCAUUAGUCGGUUGUACCAAAACUCCACCCUCUCACCUACACCCCUCUGUAGGUGGUGGAUGUAUGCAGACUCCACCCUCCAUCAUGCCUGUGGGGCUUUCAGGAGUGACUGGGAGCUCUGCUAACACUGGAUGGGACAGUGAAAGCAAAGACCCUGAUAAGUACCUGAAGAAACUGCACACCCAGGAGCGGGCAGUUGAAGAGGUGAAGCUGGCCAUCAAACCUUACUAUCAGCGCAAAGACAUCAACAAGGACGACUACAAAGACAUCCUCAGGAAAGCUGUGCAUAAGAUCUGCCACAGCCGCACCGGAGAAAUCAACCCAGUCAAAGUCAGCAACCUUGUCAAGCUAUACGUCCAGCGCUACAAGUAUUUCCGGAAACAUGGACGCAAAAUGGAUGAUGAAGAGAGGGAUGACAGGGAGCCUGGAGGGCUGCAUUCUUUUGGAGACUUUUAAAAAUGUUCCUUCACAUGGCUUUCUACUCAAGACCUGGGCCAUCCACUGAUUGUUUUUGUCUGAUAUUUUUAUUGCUUUAAUAGCCCACAUUGUUUAUGCUUUUAUGUGAUCUAAUGGAAGUCCCUCCCCUAAUUUCUGUGAUUUCGCUGUAAAUAUGUGUCCCUUGCAAAAUGUAUCAAGGUUACAAUGUUGAGGAAGUGGAUGCCGUCAUGCACACGCUGUCAUGUUAUCUAAUACAGUCUAGUACACCAACCCUGCAAUAAAGUACUAUCUUUUGUGAA